CAUCCUAUAGAAACCAAAGGUCUAACAAUGCGGACGGAACAUCAUUCAUGUACAAUUGAAGAGGAAACAUCAAAGACCGAAAAAAUACAAACAUCUAAUGCCAACCUCAUUAUAUCUGUUAUCGAAACAUCACAGAGAGGGAAAGAACUUAAUGACGCCCAUCAACGUUUGCUAACAUCACUUGGUGAAAUUGCAGAUAGCAGAGGCACGUGGAUAAUCAGCUUUAGUACUGAAAACGAAGCCGUUGAGUACCUGGAGGUGAAACAAAGCAGUUCCAAGGCUUACGAGAAACCAAUUGAAUAUUUUGAAAAGUCGUUUGGUGACGGCAUUCUUGUACUGGAUCAUGAUGACAACAAUAGUGUACACUCAACCAAACACUCUUACCUGCUAAUGAGAGGUGUCGAAAGCUUCGACUGCAAACGUAAGGACCGUGACAAUUUAGGAUGUGUUGUGAUUGUUCUCGGGGUUGAUGUGUCUGUAUUAAAGAAGGCACUCUACGCUGUUACCCACGGCAUCCCGGUGGUUUUCAUACAAGGAUCGGGAUCAGAAGCUGACUUGAUUGCAGCAUGCAUUAAUCAAAAUGAACGUUCGACCGACAAUGCCAAAGAAGAAUGCGUCCAUUUGCUCAAAGACAUUCUCGAAGAAACAAAAUAUGUAAACAUUUACUCUCAAUCAGAAACGACUGACAUACAAUAUGCCAUUCUAUUAGCUCUCAAGAAAGCGCCUACUGGACAGCCCGUUUAUUCCCCGCCGGUCACCUCGUCUUUAUUAAACUGCAACUGGUAUGCUAGCUAUCCCCGCAAGCCUCACUCCAACUUUUUGUCGCUAGAGAGUAUGGGUAUUAAUGAUUCCACAACUGAGCGGAAUCUCCAGGACACGAUGGAACAAUAUCAGGAGAGCAGCAUAGAGUUUCUGCGAUGGUAG